AUGCAAGAGAUUGAGGUCCCCCCAAGGGACGUCUUCCAGCACUACGUCCACGUCGACCAGUCCGACAAAACCCUCGUCUGGUGGUUUUCGACAAAGAAGAAAAACAUCUCCUUUGGCCUCUUCUUCCGCAAAUCCUCUUCCGUACCCGCUCAGCUCAAGUCAAACACCCUCGCUCCUUCCAUCACCUCCGUCGCUCCUCCUUCCAUCAACCGACCAGAGUCCAUUCACUCUACUCGUCACCCCCAGGGACCUAGCAGCAGCAGCAGCAGUGGAAACAACAACAGCAACAACUCUCAGCAAUACUUUAAGGAUUCGGCUCUCUCGACCUCGCCCACAAGGUCGAGCCAUAUCAGCAACUAUGCCUCGAGCAGGGCUUCAGUCGAUUCUCUUAGUGACGACGAGGAUCAUCUUGGUCAGGGACUUGCGGAUGGACUAGGUACCAACCAGCAGAACCCUAGUCAGUCUUCGUUGCCUUCGAACUCUCAGCCUUCGGCCAGAAGAAAGAAGACAGUUGCAAAGUUCAAGGAUCCCGACCUGAUCGAAAUCCUCCCCAUUCAGCACUAUGACUCGAGCUCGGGCACUAUCCGUGGAGAGUACACCGUCAAGGAAGCUGGUAGCUAUGUGGUCGUCUUUGACAACUCCUUCUCGAUCCACACCUCCAAGCGCCUCACCUUCUUUGUCGCCCUCGAGGAGCGUGGCCCCAAGGUUGCUCCCCAGCCCUCCGAGAUGUCUGGCUGGCUUCUCAAGAAGAAGCGCAAGCGCAUGCAAGGAUGGGCCAAACGUUGGUUCAAGAUCGACAAUGGUAUCCUCUCAUACUACAAGACGCCCGACACCCCAUGCCGUGGUAAAGUCCACCUGGUUCUGUCGACCGUCACCGUCAGCCAGGCGUCCAACAUGAUCCACAUCGAUUCCGGCACUAUGCUCUACCAUCUCAAAGCCUUGACCGUUGAGGACUACAACGACUGGACCAAGGCCAUCAAGACGUUUAAGAAUGCGGAACAACGUGCUGCCCAGGAUACCGUCCACCGCAUGACCCAACGCGAUUCGUCCCAAAAGCGGGCCUACCUCCGCAACAGCUGGGUCGGCACCAGCAGCGGCAACAACAACGACCUUGACCAGCUCAAGGAGCUCAUGUCGACCAUGGAUGCCGGUUUCUUGGAGAUCAAGGAUCAACUUGAUUCGAUCCGUGUUCAGUCUGAGAGCAGUAGCCCUGUCUCGAGCAGCCACUCCCAGCGCAGCCCUACUCAGCGUGAGCGUCAGUCUUCUGUCGAUAACAACAGCCCCCCCAACAAUAAGUUCAAGAUCAACAAGUUCAUCCCCUCUCUCCAGCGGACCACGAGCGACAACAGUGUUGCCUCGUCCAACGCGUCUAUCGAGAGCAUCCAUACCCGUCUCCAGGCGUCAUUCAACAAGCUCAAGUCGGACAAGGAGAAGGCGUUCGAGUUGAUGAGAUCUGAGAUGGAAAAGUGGGAGAAGAACGAGAAGCAAUUCCGCCAAAUGUUGUCAGAGACCGACACUUUCACCUCCUCCCGUGGUGACAAAUCGACCCUGUCCAGGCACACCACUGUCGAAGAAGCUUACAUUGCCCAUACCCGUACCUCCAUGAACUCUGACCGCACCCACUCCUUCACAUCCUCUAUUACUGGUUCUGAUAUCUUUUACGAUGCUGACGAUGCCAUCCUGACCGCUGACUUAUCUUCAGCCGAUCUUUCGGAUCUCGAGGGUGCUGGAUUCGAUGACCAGGCAGAUGAUCAAGACGAUGGCUCGAGCGACGAUGACGACGAAUCUUCAGAGGAACCCGUUAAGGAGACACAAGUAGCAGAGGCACCACCAAAACAGGACGACAACAGCAAAGAAGAAGUCGAUGAUACACCCAUCGUCCGUCGUACAGCACUCCCUGCGCCAGUCUCGGGCGAAGACAUCUCACUCCUUUCUAUUCUCCGCAAGAACGUUGGCAAGGAUCUGUCGACAGUCGCCAUGCCUGUUUCGCUGAACGAGCCCAUCAACGUCUUGCAGCGUUUGUGCGAGGAACUGGAGUACAGCGAAUUGCUGGACAAAGCUGUGGGACUUGCGGAUAGCUUGGAUCGGUUGGUCUAUGUUGCGGCCUUUGCUGUCAGUGGGUACUCGACCUCCCAGUGGCGCGCGGCCCGCAAGCCCUUCAACCCUCUUCACGGAGAGACCUUUGAAUAUGUCUGUCCCGAGAAGGGCUUCAAGUUCAUCUCUGAGAAAGUCAGUCACUACCCUCCCGUCAUGGCCUGCCAUGCUGAAUCUGUUAACAGCUGGACCUUUUCCAUGGACUCUCGUGCCAAGACCAAGUUCUGGGGCAAGUCAAUGGAACUGAUGCCCAACGGAACGAUCCAUAUCAACUUCCCCAAAACCAACGACCACUACACAAUCUCAAAACCAACCACCUGGAUGCGAAACCUCAUGGCCGGAACCAAAUAUCUCGAACAUACAGGAGACAUGAAAAUCAUCAACCACACGACCCGCGAAACCUGUGUCCUGACCUUCAAGGAAUCCUCCUUCUUUGCCGGCACCAAACAUGAGCUCUCCGGACACGUCAUGACAGCAAAUGGGGCAAAGAAGCGAACCCUGCAGGGGCGAUGGUCGGAAUCGUUGAUGGAGGAGGUGGCGCCAAACAAGUUGGAGAGGCUUUGGAAGUGUAAUGCUCCACCGGCGAAUCAUGAAAAGUAUUAUGGGUUCACAGAGUUUACGACUCAGUUGAAUGAGAUGUACAAGGGGUUGGAGGUUAAACUUCCCAAGACCGAUACGAGGUUCAGGCCCGAUCAGAGUCUGUUUGAGCGUGGACUUGUUGAGCAAGCCGAUCAGGAAAAAUUGAGGGUGGAGCAGAAGCAGCGUGAGCUGAGAAAGGCGAUGGAGUCUCGUGGGGAGCUGUGGGAGGCCCGUUGGUUUGAGAAGGCCGAUGAUCCUCAGACUGAGGACCCGGAGGGACAGACUUGGAGGUAUAAGGGUGGUUACUGGGAGACUCGUGAGACUGGCCAGUGGAACGAGAAAAUUGCCCUCUGGUAA